CGCGUUGUUACAGCUGCUUUAGCUGCAGCGGCCCCCGCCUCCGGGCACCUCUCCCGGGCCCUCGAGGGCCCUAGACCUCCGGCACCGUACGCCCAGCAUUGGGAAGUGAACAGAGUUCAGUCCACGUGGACAUUCUCUGGCCUCUUUGUGUGUGAAUCAAAACAGUAGAACCGCCUGGAGUUCUUGGGAGCAGUGGCAGGCAAGGGGCAGCAGGAUGAACGUGGGCACGGCGCACAGCGAGGUGAACCCUAACACGCGGGUGAUGAACAGCCGGGGCAUCUGGCUCUCCUACGUGCUGGCCAUCGGGCUUCUCCACGUCGUGUUGCUCAGCAUCCCCUUCGUGAGCGUCCCUGUGGUCUGGACCCUCACCAACCUCAUCCACAACAUGGGCAUGUACAUCUUCCUACACACAGUGAAGGGCACACCGUUCGAGACCCCGGACCAGGGCAAGGCCAGGUUGCUGACCCACUGGGAGCAGAUGGACUAUGGGGUUCAGUUCACAGCGUCUCGGAAGUUCUUGACCAUCACACCCAUCGUGCUGUACUUUCUCACCAGCUUCUACACCAAGUACGACCAGAUCCAUUUCAUCCUCAACACUGUGUCUUUGAUGAGCGUGCUCAUCCCCAAGCUGCCCCAGCUCCACGGAGUCCGGAUCUUUGGGAUCAAUAAAUAUUGAGGGUGGAGCCCCUUGCCUGCGCAGAUGGCAGGAGAGGGACAGAAACCUGCGCUGUGUUGCUGAAAGCAGAGGAGCCUCUGGAGACUGCCAGAGGCGGGGUUGGGCCUCUGGGCCCCAUGUCCCCCUCGCGUCCUCCUGGUAGCUGACUCGAAGUAGCUUGUAGUGGGGUUAGGGUGGAAACUGCCCACCCCAGCCCCUUCCCCCUGGGCGCGGACCCUUCUGGUUUUUUUAUCUUGUUUCUUUUGCCUUUGGGAUAGAGACUCCGUGGGGUGGUCAUGGAUGGGCUGGGCUCCCAGGCUGAACACAGACCUUUGAGGUUGGGACAGGCGGCCUCGGACCACUGAAGCACUUUAACCCCCUCGAGGGGCGGUACAGCUUCUCUGUCGUGUCACUUUGGUCUGAAGUGUGAGGACAGUCCUCAGCGUGUGCUCGUACGUGUGACAGGCAGUGCACGGCGGCGCCGUGUCCCUCUGGGUGGAGAACUGUGUAGUAAAAGCCUCAUGCUUUUGGCAGCUCCCCUACGACCCCCCGCCCUCCCGCAUGGGGAGUGGGGUGGGGGAGGGUAAACAGAGGGUGGUGGGGCUGCUUGUGGAGGGUGGUUCCCGAGGUGAGGGGCCAGGGCUGCUGCCAUCCUGCCCUGGUGGAGGUGGAAGGAGGGUGGAGAAGGGGUGGGAACAGCGAGUUGAGACUCAGAAAAAGGGAGUCACGGGGCAGCAGAGAUUGGUGUGAGAGCAGGCGGGCGGGUGGGGGCACAAGCUAGACCCAGCCUCAUCCUUUGGGAAAUAGUCGAGGGAAUAGCCACGCUCUGAGAGUUAAUUUACCCCCAGCAUGGUGGUGGUAAUAGGGGGGAGCCCGCUGUGGCUUUGAAGCUCCUGGGUCGGUGUGCAGGGUGGGGUUGGGUGCAGGAGGCCUGUUAGGCACUCCGAGCCCAGGUCCAGUUUGACACUGCCUUCUGCAGUGGUGUGAGGGGUGGGGGGAAACUGGGACAGAAACAAGGCACGGGGUCACCUUUCGCAGCUCUUCACCCUGUAGGCAGGCGUUGGGGCAGGGCCUCUCGUGGGGCUUGCAUCCAUGGGGCCAUUCAGGCUGCCCCCGACUGUGGAGUCCUGCAUGGCCCUGCUGGCUGGGGCAGGGUGGUGGACAGAGCAAGGAGUGGCCUGCAGGUGCUGUCUCCUUACACUGAGGGGAAGCGGUGGGGCAGGAGCCUGAGCUCGCUGGAGAGGGGCCGCCUUCUCCCUCCCCGGUCUGACGAGGGCCUGUGUUCUGCAAAGGCAGGCCUGCCUCUGCCCCCUCCCAGGGCCCUGAGGGACAUGGGAGGUCACUGGCUCUGGUUUCUGCCUCUCGGCCCCCCACCCCCACCCCAUGUAUCAUAGGGAACUUUCACCUCAAAAUCUUUCUAAGCAAAGUGUGAAUAGGAUUUUUACUCCCUUUGUACAGUAUUCUGAGAAACACAAAUAAAGGACAGCGUGUUCUGUUUC